AUGGCUCAGAGGUAUGCAUUAGAAGCAUUAAAUAAUACUCUACAAGAUCUUCGUGGUAAUGGAAAUGAUAUGGGUGGAGUAGUUGUACUCCUUGCUGGAGAUUUUAGGCAAACAUUACCCGUCGUUGAAAAAAGACAUGUUAAAGUACUAACACUUACCACCAACAUGAGAGUUGCGUUACAAGGUGACGUAUCUGCCGGUCAGUUUGCUAAACAACUACUCGAGAUCGGAAAUGGCAAAAUACGAGCUGAUCCAGCCAAUGGACUCAUUAGUAUUCCAGAUAGCUUUUGUAACGUCGUUAAAUCGGUCGAAGAACUUAAGAAUAGUGUGUUUCCGAAUAUCCAAACUCAUUUCAAGGAUCAUACAUGGUUAUGUGAACGUGCUAUUCUAGCUCCCAAAAAACGUGAACGUGAAUACUAUCAAUCUACAAAUACAACAACAGCUUCCUGGAGAAACUAA